AUGUCUUCCGAGACAUAUGAGGGUUAUCCUCAACAUGCUCCUGGAUACUACGGCCAGUACGACUGGUCUCAGUCAUCCCCUGGUGUGUAUGCGGCGUGGAACCGAUCGCAAUGUUCUACGACGACUAGUGGACGACAGUCUCACAACCAGCUCAUCGGCUCUGUACAUCACAAUCAGCACCAGUAUACUGAUGGGAACCUGUCCUACGGUGUGGAGCCUACCCAUGUGUAUCCCUACAUUGACAAGCAAGUGCCAGUCUCUAUACACAGCCCUCCUGCCGAGGUUCCUGCAUAUCAUUCGAGUGCAAUACGUUCGACGACCGUGCCUUUGGACUCCCCAGACUCUGUCUCUACAACUCGCGCUUCUCUACUCGACGCUUUUCACGCUCAAACAUUUGCUUCAUCUCACUCGUUGAACAAGGACCACGUGCCCAUGGGCGACUUUGAGGACCCACGGCAUACGAGCGUCCUCGAUUCGCAUAGCAAACACUAUCAGAACGACUCGGUAUGCACCACCCAGCUUGGUGUCGACGGUUCCCUUUGCAUGACUGUCCCCAAUGUGCACUAUCAGCUUGGUACGGGAAGCUCGUGCGAGCCGGCGACCCCGAUGAUGGUCAAUCGUCACUCACCAACACCAGAUACCAUUGAACCAGCACCCAUGUUCCAGUCACCAAACGACAGCGCACCACUUGCAUCCUUAUCCUCGCAUCAGAGGGCUCAUCUGCCAGCGCUGGGCUCGGGUGCCGACCUACUGCAGUACUACGUGGACCUUGAUCGUGAAUUGCUCCAGACGUCGUGGAACCCAAGCGAUAUCUUCAUCAAGAGUGGCUCAUCUGAAUCUGGAGACUAUCAGCUUAAUCUCGAGUCGGAGGAGUCGCCAGUGGCUGAGAUCACGAGGCGGAAAAAACCCUCUCACCAGUGUCGCCUGCGUUAUGUGUCUGAGGCUGUAGGUUUUCAAAUAACUGACCCGUAG